AUGGGCGCCCGGUGCCGCCGACGUGCACCCCACCGGGGGGCUGGGCUGGAGGGCUCCGGGAGAGGGAGCAGCCGGGACGCUCAGGGCGCGGGGCCGACGCCGGCCGAAUCCCGACGCCCGUACACCGUGGUCUCUGCUGCCCGGGUCGGCCCCCUCACCGGCGGCAAAGCCCCACAAACGGCCGGGUUGCUGCGGGCGCCGCGAGCCAGUGCUCGGAGACCCAGUGGUGGCACCUACUAUUUCAGCACCUCUAGGACAAGGCAGAAGACGAAGGACGGCGACAAGCCCCGGGGGGGCGCCCCCGACGACGAUGAAGAGGGGCGGCGGCGCAAGGAGCGCGAGGACCAGAUGUACCGCGAGCGGCUGCGCACCCUGCUGGUGGUGGCCGUGGUCAUGAGCCUGCUCAACGCGCUCAGCUCCGGGGGCGGCAACAUCUCCUGGAACGACUUCGUGCACGAGAUGCUGGCCAAGGGCGAGGUGCAGCGGGUGCAGGUGGUGCCCGAGAGCGACGUGGUCGAGGUCUACCUGCACCCCGGAGCCGUGGUGUUCGGGCGCGCUCUCUACGCCCUGGGGAUGACGGCCGUGGGCCUGGCCAUCCUCUGGUACAUUUUCCGCCUCACGGGGAUGACAGGAAGGGAAGGAGCAUUCGGCGCCUUUAACCAGCUUAAAAUGGCUCGUUUCACAGUUGUGGACGGCAGGACGGGGAAAGGGGUCAGCUUCAAGGACGUGGCGGGGAUGCACGAGGCCAAACUCGAGGUCAAGGAGUUCGUGGACUACCUGAAGAGCCCGGAGCGCUUCCUGCAGCUGGGCGCCAGGGUCCCAAAGGGCGCGCUGCUGCUCGGCCCUCCUGGCUGUGGGAAGACGCUGCUGGCCAAGGCGGUGGCCACGGAGGCCCAGGUGCCCUUCCUGGCGAUGGCCGGGCCGGAGUUCGUGGAGGUCAUCGGAGGCCUCGGCGCUGCCCGAGUGCGCAGCCUCUUCAAGGAGGCCCGGGCCCGGGCCCCCUGCAUCGUGUACAUUGACGAGAUCGACGCCGUGGGCAAGAAGCGCGCCACCGCCGUGUCCGGCUUCUCCAACACGGAGGAGGAGCAGACCCUGAACCAGCUGCUGGUGGAGAUGGACGGGAUGGGCACCACGGACCACGUCAUUGUCCUGGCGUCCACCAACCGCGCAGACAUUUUGGACAACGCGCUGCUGCGGCCCGGCCGGCUGGACCGCCAUGUCUUCAUCGAUCUCCCGACGCUGCAGGAGCGGCGGGAGAUCUUCGAGCAGCACCUGAAGGGCUUGAAGCUGACGCGGGCCAGCAGCUUCUACUCGCAGCGCCUGGCGGAGCUGACCCCUGGCUUCAGCGGUACGGGGCUGCGCGGGGGCGGGGCUGGCACAGCUGGCAGGGGACGGCGCCCCCCCCGGCCGGGCGCCCACCGCAGCGGCAGCUCAGCCUGGACCUGCCGCGGGGACGCUCUGGGUUGUCCUAGGGGCGCUUCACUUACCUGCCGGGACUCACCCUGCGCCCGGGCAGCCCUGGGGCCCCGCCUUCGCGGGUCGUGGACCUCACGCACUGCUGCCCGGCAAGUCGCCACGGGGGGCUGCGGUCACUCUGCUGCUCCUCCCGGACCCCAUGAGCCUGGGCUGCACCCUCGCAGCCUGCCUGGGUCCCUGAACAACUGCCAGCGAGAGUCACCGGCGCGCUUCCCCGCGGGAGGUCUCCAGGCACCCGCUGGGGCCGGGGACCGAGGGGCGCAGGUGGGCCCCAGCUGGAAGGAGGCCUCCUUGUGCCCGCACGCAGGGGCGCAGGACGACCUGAGGAAGGUCACCCGCAUCGCCUACUCCAUGGUGAGGCAGUACGGCAUGGCCCCCCGCGUUGGGCCCGUCUCCUUCCCUGACGCCCAGGAGGGCCUCGCGGGCAUCGGACGGCGCCCCUUCAGCCAGGGCCUUCAGCAGAUGAUGGACCACGAGGCUCGCUUGCUGGUGGCGACGGCGUACAGGCACACGGAGCAGGUGCUGCGUGACAACCUGGGCAAGCUCCAGGCGCUGGCCCAUGCCCUGCUGGAGAAAGAAGUGAUAAACUACGAGGACAUCGAGGCCCUCAUCGGACCUCCACCGCACGGACCCAAGAAGAUGAUCACGCCGCAGCGGUGGAGCGAUGCUGAGCAGGACUCUGGGGAGGAGGCAGCAGCCACGCAGCCGCGCCUUCAAGGGGAGGAGCCCUGACCACGGCCAAGCUCCUGGGCUGCCUACAGGACGAGGCGCUGCCCAGGGGCCUCUGCGCAGCCCUCACCGGCCCUGCCUCGGGCUCUGGGGCCCUCCGGUGGCAGUCGGAGAGCCGCAGUUGGGCUCUGCCAGGCUCGUCCCAAGGGCCCUGGUGCUGGGAUGGGCCCAGGGUCUUGCUGCGGCCACUGGCCGGGCAGCUUCAGGGUGUCGGGACCCGUUGGGCCACUGGCACUGGCUCCUGCUCUCUCGCCACGGGCUUGGGUUGGGGGCAGGCGAGCCUGGGGAAUGGACCCAUCUGCCCUGGGCUGUCUGGCUGUGGGGACGCCUGGGUUUGGCACUUUGUAAUAAAUGCUGUGGCUGGAACUGC